CCCCCACCCCCCCUCUCCCACCCGCUCUGCUUCUGGACUUCAUGAUCAAGUUGUAGCCUAUAAAAAGCGGGAGGGCGAAGAAGGAUGCUUGGAAAAUAUUUAUAACAACACACCGAGCGGAGGAGACGGGGGUCUGUUCGAGUCACUCGACCGAUUAGAAACCGAGGACAGUCAAUCACAAGGAGGCAAGUAAGGGGGGCUGCAGGGGUGACCGAGGACAAGACAGGUUGGUGUCUCCAAAUUCACCGCGCGCUCGAGUUUCAGCCGACCCCCGGGGGGGCUCCUCCUGGUAUUAAAGCUGCGUGCAUUUGACCUGGGGAUACGUUGUCAACAAGAGCAGCGAGCGGAGGCAAACUGGCAGGUGUACAAGUUCAUGUACAUGCAUACGUAUAUUCACGCCACUAUUUAUAGAAGUUGGGACAAGCAGCCUUAAUAAGUUUCUCCUCCCACCCGCCGGACCUGCAGCAGCUCUGUGCACGUGUCUAUAUAUAUACAUAUAUAUAUAUAUAUAUAUAGAUAUAUAUAUAUAUAUAAACACACACAUACAUACACACCGUACAGGCUGUUAUUACUCUUCGCAAUCUGUAUCCGAGAGGGCAGCCCGCCGUCGGUUUGGCUGUGAGGGCAGGAGUCGUCGCAUGGACUGACAUGGCUACCGACCUGGCCAUGAGCGCGGAGCUGCCGAACAGCCCCCUGGCGAUCGAGUACGUCAACGACUUUGACCUCAUGAAGUUCGAGGUGAAGAAGGAGCCCCCGGAGGCCGAGCGCUACUGCCACCGCCUCCCGUCGGGCUCCCUGUCCUCCACCCCGAUCAGCACCCCCUGCUCGUCCGUGCCUUCGUCGCCGAGCUUCUGCGCCCCGAGCCCGGGCGCCCAGCCCAACCAGAGCCUCACCAGCAGCGGCAUCAACAGCAGCGGCGGCAGCAACAGCAGCAGCAACGGCGGGGGGGGCAACAACAAUCACAGCGGCGGCGGCGGCGCGGGCAAGCCGCAGCUGGAGGACCUGUACUGGAUCCCCAGCUACCAGCACCACAUCAACCCCGAGGCGCUCAACCUGACCCCGGAGGACGCGGUGGAGGCCCUCAUCGGGAACGCGCACCACCACCACCACCACCACCAGGCCUACGAGGGCUUCCGCGGGCAGCAGUACGCGGUCGGGGAUGACCUGUCCGCGGCCUCGGCUGCGCACCACCACCACCAGGGCCACCACCACCACCAUCACCACCACGGCCACCACGCGCGCCUGGAGGACCGCUUCUCGGACGAGCAGCUGGUCAGCAUGACGGUGCGGGAGCUGAACCGGCAGCUGCGGGGCUUCAGCAAGGAGGAGGUGAUCCGCCUGAAGCAGAAGAGGCGCACCCUGAAGAACCGCGGCUACGCGCAGUCCUGCCGCUUCAAACGCGUGCAGCAGAGGCACAUGCUGGAGACGGAGAAGUGCAGCCUGCAGACCCAGGUGGAGCAGCUGAAGCAGGACGUGGUGCGCCUCGCCAAGGAGAGGGAUCUUUACAAGGAGAAAUACGAGAAGCUGGCCAGCCGGACCUACUCUGUCGGCGGAGCCGCGAACACGAGAGAUCCGUCCGGGAAACAGGCCGAGUUCUUCAUGUGAGAGACUGGACGAUUGGUAGCAUAGACUCUGAAUUACACAAUCCCACCUAAACGUCCUUGUUGCAUUAAUUUAUAUAUAUUUUUUUCUGCGUUUUUGUAUUUUGUUUACAGUUCUUCCCUUUGACAAAGACUUCAAUAACACAAGCAAACAAAUAACGCAUUAGAUGCGCACAAAAGUAAUCCUUGUGAGCAUUGUCGAGUCUUAAAUAUGUUUUGGCUAAACUUCUGUACACGCUCACCUGUCAGGUGGGCACAUGGGAUCACUUAGUCUGCGUAGACUUUUUUUCUCUGGUGCAACAGCACCUGCAGGUCAGAAGUCUUCUGACAUUUCAAAUGACUGUCUUAAUUCAGAGAGAAAGAGAGAGAGAGAUGAUUUUUGUCUUAAAAGUGGGGAAAGAAAGAUGUUUUUUUUUUUUUAAAGGAUCAGAUUGGACUGAAAUAGAAGCAGAAAAAGCAAUACCCCCUCCUCCCCCCCC